UAGUAUUUAAGCAUCAUACCAGCAGGUCGAGGAAGCCUCUUCUGCUAAAGAACACCCUUGAUUUGGAUGAAUGGACAACUAAAAUUCCGGAUAGUGGAAUAUCAAGAAUUAUUUCUCCAAAACGUAGAAAAUAAUGUUAUUCAAAAUUCUAGCAAUGAAGAAAAUAAAAUUAAUAAAACAGAAAAAUCAAUUAAACUCUACAAGCCAUUUAUGCAUGAACGGGAUAGCCUAGGGAGACUUAUUGGAGAAUCUAGUAUUAAAAGUACCAAAAAUAGCUCGAAAAGUAGCCUUCCAAGCGUGUAUCAGUUUAACAAGAAGUGGGCUCACAAAAACGCAGCAAAGAACUCAGUUAGCGGAGACUGGGAAUCUAGAGAAAUUAUUUAUGGUUCAGACAAUAGCUUGGUUAUCAAUAAGAAGGAAGAUAUCUCCUUUGUAAAAGACAAUAUAUUGCAAUCAAAAAUAGAUCCGUCUUUUGAACAAGAUGCUCAAAAGGCUGUAAAUCCGAGAGGUGCAUUUAGGAAUAAAUAUCAAAGUGCGGACUCAAGGCCACUUGCUACUAUUAAACUAUCUCUUUCUUCCCCACAGCAUCAGUAUUUAGAAGGUUUCAAACAUUUCAGUGUCAAAGAUGCUUCUAGAAGAUAUAAGAAGCCUACACAGAAGCAACUCAGUGAACUAUUUGAUCCUGAACAGGAUAAUAGAAGGCUAGACCAAGAAAUAGAGUUUGAUGAUGAUCAGAAGAUUGGCAUCUUGACAGAAAUUAGUCAACAGUUUGGAUACGAUAAAGCUCUCGAGCAAAAAAUAAAAAGAGGGUUAAUUGCAGAUGUUUCUGAUCAAAUUGUUCCAAAAAUUCCUAAAGUUCUGCAUAAGCUUUGUAAGCAAUACACAAAACGAGAGACUCAUAAAUAGCCCUUUACGGUAUGAAUACACUGAAGAUGGUGACAGAGUAAAAGCUGUUGAAAGACGUGACAAACAGAUUCUUCAAAAGUUCCCCAAAUUAUCAUGAAUCAAUGUUAAAUUUUUAAAUAAAGCAGUUACAAAACCUGAUUAUGAAGAUAAGGAUAUUGAAAAGCCUCUUCCUAAACCAAAAGUAGCUGAUUUUUCAACUUCUUCACCAAGACUCCGAAAUAUUAAAGCGAACGAGCAUUCAUUAGAUUACAUUAGUGCGGACAAGUUAUUAAACGACAAAAUUAACACAAACAAGAGAGCUUCAAAAGUCAAAGUCAACUCCUUCUCCAAACAAAUCUCUCGGCAGCAGCUGGAAGACCUCAUCUUCCUAAACUCCCAAUCCCACAACCUGAUAAGUGUGAAGACGAAACUGCCGAAAUUUAAGAAGACAAAUGAUGAGUUUUCACUUCAGAAUUUUCACGUUGUUCCAGAAAAGUCUAGUAAUUUCCAUGAAAACAUCAAAGACAUGAGCUUACUUGAUGACCACAGAAGCGUUGUUGGAAAAUCUAAGAACAUCGGUAAAGGCAUGAAACUUCUCAAGAAAGAAUGCAAGCUAAUUCCAAAAGAAAUCUGCAACCUCGAUAUCGAACAAGAGUACCGGAAGAAUAUCUAGAAGAAGGACAGAGAGUUAAUGAAGUUAAAUAUUUCAAUUUG